AUGGCGGAAAUUCUAAAACCUAAGAAUACCAAUCCAAGAGGUAUUCCCGAGGCACCCUUCAUCGAACUGGUAGAUGUCAUUAUCAAAGAUCCUGAUAAUGAGUUUCAACCGGUGAUGUCCCAGUUUCAGCAACGUUUACAACAAUACAAAUACAUGGAGCUUUCAAAACAGCAACAAUUAGCCGAUGUAAACCAAAAGAUUCCCGAUAUUGAGAAAAAUUUGGAAAUCAUAAAUUACAUGAAAACAUCUAAAGCAACCACGAAUGAAGAUGAGCUGGAAGAAUUGACAUUCAAUUACGAACUUAAUGACACAUUGUACAAUAAAGCCACCGUUGAUGCCAAAGAAUUGGAGUCUGUUUACUUGUGGUUGGGUGCAGAGGUUAUGCUUGAGUAUCCGUUGGAUGAGGCAGUUCAGCUUUUGAACGAAAGACUAAGCAAGAACCAAGAACAAAAGCGAAUCGUGGAGGAAGAUCUUGAAUUUCUUAGAGAGAACAUCACCACCAUGGAGGUUAACACGGCCAGAUUGUAUAACUGGGAUGUGGAAAGAAGGAAGAAAGAACAGGCAAAAAAGUAG